UUGUUGUGUGCGCCGGACCGCACUACACUCGCUCGUCUUAUCAGUGUUGUUAAACCCACGUGUCUUAUGUGAAUUAGAACAAUACACUGCUUGAUUCUGAAUCACUACCGUUAGAUGUAAGGCCUACUUCAGGUUAUGAGGGGUUAGCGGGACGAUCUAUAGGCAUUGCACGGAUUGAGAAUAAGCCCACCAGAACGAGGGGCCUCACAGUUUAGCCGGCACAAACAGUCCUGUGUGUCUCACAGAGUUAUUCUGUCAUGAUGCACUCAACUCAGUCUCCACCAUGGUUGACUGACUGUCUGCUUGUAAAUGACUGACGAGAACCUUGCUCGGCAGAGAACAAGCAAUUUCCAAGUCACUGAUCUUUUUCCGUGGCUUACUGCAUGUUGGUAAAUUACAGAUAACAUCAAUAAUGUGAAAUCCAAAAUUUUUGACAGUGGUGCCAUAGAGGAGGGAACGUAUUUACGGCUUUAAAGAAUCUGCCUGCAUGUCCUCCUUACGGCUCCGUAACAGCGGGAUCCCACGGCAGAGUGUGUGCGUGUUCAGAUACAGAUAUUGGUACGUGCCGACGGUCUGUGAGCUGAGAUUUUGAAUGGCAUCCCAUCCCGUGUAGGACGAAGUCAACAUGAUGCCUCACUCAUGGUCAGAUCGCAAAUGGUGAAGUCAACAUGAAGCAUCACUCAGGAUCAGAUCACAAAUGAUGAAGUCAACAUGAUGCCUCACUCAUGGUCAGAUCACAAAUGGUGAAGUCAACAUGAUGCCUCACUCAUGGUCAGAUCACAUAUGGUGAAGUCAACAUGAUGCCUCACUCAGGAUCAGAUCACAAAUGACGAAGUCAACAUGAAGCAUCACUCAGGAUCAGAUCACAAAUGAUGAAGUCAACAUGAUGCCUCACUCAUGGUCAGAUCACAAAUGGUGAAGUCAACAUGAUGCCUCACUCAUGGUCAGAUCACAUAUGGUGAAGUCAACAUGAUGCCUCACUCAGGAUCAGAUCACAAAUGACGAAGUCAACAUGAAGAAUCACUCAGGAUCAGAUCACAAAUGACGAAGUCAACAUGAAGCAUAACUCAGGAUCAGAUCACAAAUGACGAAGUCAGCAUGAUGCCUCACUCAUGGUCAGGUCACAAAUGCUGAAGUCAACAUGAUGCCUCACUCAUGAUCAGAUCACAGAUGCUGAAGUCAACAUGAUGCCUCACUCAUGGUCAGAUCACAAAUGGUGAAGUCAACAUGAUGCCUCACUCAUGGUCAGAUCACAAAUGGUGAAGUCAACAUGAUGCAUCACUCAGGAUAAGAUCACAAAUGAUGAAGUAAACAUUAUGCCUCUGUCAGGCUCAGAUCACAAAUGGUGAAGUCAAGAAUAUAACUCAGUCAGGAUCAGUUCACAUGUGACGAAGUCAAGAUUUUAACUUAGUCAGGAUCAACUGACAAAUGUGCAAGUCAACGUAAUGGCUCAAUGAAGAUCAGUUCAUCAGUGAUUAACAAAGUGAACAUAGCCCAUCCAAGAGAAGUUCACAAGUGAGAGGGCAACAUCUGAACUGACACGCUUGCGAAGAAUAUGGUUUACAGCACUAUCUAGGUUUGGGGAGGAGACCAAGCCACGUCUCGUACCGCUUCAACUCAAUCCCAAGAUGGCGGACAAUUGCAGCAAUGACCUAUAUCUUCACAAUGCAUCUCUCCUGGAAAUGCUGGAGGAGGCCACGUUCUGGCAAAUGGCGCCGGUCACAGCAUACAUGGUAGUUAUCAUGGUGACAGGAAUUGUGGGAAACAGUCUGGUAUGCUACGUACACGGGCUGAAGAUGAAAAAAUCGACAGCUAACUCCUUCAUUCUGUGGUUGGCUGUUCUCGACUUGACCACGUGCUCGAUCGGGUUGCCAAUGGAGACGUAUGAUCUCGUGAAACAUUACACAUUCGGGAUGCCGAUUUUUUGUAAGAUUUUGCGGUUCAUAGUUUAUCUUACGACCGUAACCGCGGUAAUCACUCUCGUGUUCAUCGCCAUCGACAGAUACUGCAAAAUCUGCCGGCCAUUGAAAUCAUCCCCAGUGCGCAGGUGCCGUGUUGUUGUUGUAGUGUCUCUAACCGUCGGCGCCUUGUUGUCAUGGCCGGCAUUGUUCCUUUUCGGAACGAAAAUGAUAAAAACAGAAUAUGCAGGUUUGUGCGGAAAAGAUUGCAGCAUUGACGACUCCAUGAUAGGAUCGAAUGUGCCAAAAAUUUACCUUUCCGUUUUAAUGCUGGCGUUUUUCACCGGAGCUAUAGUUCUGGUGGUUUUGUACACACUGAUCGGUGUCCGAGUGUACAGGAGAAGUCAGUCGGUUAUAGGAGAGCACGUGCAGUCGAGUAUUAUUCGUCCGCAAACCGGAAAUAGGACAACUGGUUCACUCUCCUCGCCGACGCCAAAAUCCCCAAAUGAAGCUUCCCAAAAGCGAAGAAUUGAUAGCCAGUCUGCCCCAAUGGAUAAACGAUAUAAAUUAGGUAGAACUGGGUUAAUCUUCCUCACCAUCACACUGGUUUUCAUACUCAGUUUUCUGCCAAGCCUCGCUCUGAUGACUGUGCGCGCCGUGCGAAGAGGUUUCACAGCCUCGCUUUCAGAUGCGGAAUUCACUUUGUACAGCUUCGGUCUGCGGACCUACUUCCUGAAUAACGCUGUGAAUUGUUUGAUAUACGGAUUUCUCAACCCUUUGUUCAAGAAAGAGUGUGUUAAAAUUGGUAGGAAGAUAAAACUGUCUUUUGCGGCGGUCUGCUGUAUGUCAAGGAGGAAAAACAGUCCAGCGAAGAAAGCCAGUGUGACCAUCAGCAAAUCUGACAAUGUGACGGAAGAAAGUUUACAACGUGUUUAGCUCGAUUCGUUAUGUAAAGAGAAAAAAUCUACAGACUGUGCACCGCGAUUACUUAAGUAAGGUAAGAAAGUCUACAAUAUGUAGAGCUUAAUAACCCGUGUGACCAGAAAACUACAAACUGUUGAGGUAGAGCUCGAAUGCAUCGGUAACGGAAGAAAUACUUCAACCAAUAUAGCUAGAUUAUUUGUCUCACGCAAGAAACUCUUGAUACUGUGGAGCCGAAUAACUCCAAUAAGUCAACGACCUGUGGAGCUCUAUUGCUUAAGUCACGGAAACAAUUUUGGAAAGCGGUAAUGCAGAUAACAGGAAAAAGUCUACAAACUGUUUAACGGCAGAAAUUCUGUUUUUGUAACUCCAGGGUUUCGUUCCAAUAACGAAGGGACAGUCAACAACCUGUCGAUCAGCAGUGGAAAUAAUUAACAUUGUGUGAUCACUGGAGCUCAAAAAUCCAUUCCACAGUAUUUACAUUUAAAAUUAGUUGCACGAAACGCUCAUAACGUUAGAUACAAGUAACUAAUUCCAAUGUCGCCUUUCAUGACUGGACCGGUUUCACGAAACGUUCGCAAUGUUUCUAGCUGGAACACUACGUAAGAUAACGCAGGGGUUAGCACCGGCCACAUGGGUUUAAUUCCACGCGGACAAUUUCACCAAAAAAUAACAGUUCGAAUCCUACCUUACAUUUGGUAUGCAUUGAUUCCCGGAGUGGACCAAAUUAUGGGUAUUUCACAGCAAGCAUUGGUGAACCGUCUUUUAACAAUAAUCCAGCCGUUUAAACUUUUAAAUCGAAAAAUUUAAGUCAAACCAACGUCUGCCAUGUUUUGAAUUCGAACUUCCGCCAAUCCCGGCAAGAUACGUGUUGAAUGUUCGUAUUAGACAAACUGUUAACAACGAAAUCCAAAUUCUAUAGUGCCCUAGCUUAUGUCUGCGGAAGUUUGAAUUCAAAACAUGGCGGACGUUGGUUCGACUUGUUCGAUUUAAAAGUUAAAAUGUUAGAUGCACGUAACUCGAUCCUGUGUCGUCGUUGUGCCUUUUAAAGUAGCACUAGUCUGGAGAAUCUCACAUAACCCUGAAUGCAUGUGAUUUUCAUGCGUGUCGACGUUGUGCCUUUUAUUGUGAGAUUAUGUAGUUUCACAAAGUGCACGUGACUAUCGUGUCGACGUUGCGCCUGUUAAAGGGACAUUAUGCUGCCUAAACAAAGUCAGGUAGACUUUCAUGCAUGUCGACAUUAUGCAGGAAUCUCGCUUCACGAACUCAGCACGUGAGUAGCUAAGUUAAAGUCACGAGAGCUUUUUCAGAUCGGCGAUGGCUGCAUGUAUAAAUAGUUAAUGUGUAUGGAAAUUGUUUAAGGCUUGGUUAAACACCUAUUCUCAAGAACCACCCAUAUCGUUAAAAAAUGCGGGACUCUCUUGCGUGUGGACGUUAUGCCUUUUCAGCAGGCUGGUUUCACGAAGUACUUGUAACGAUACAUGGACGUAACUCCCAUGUCGACGUUACGCCUUUUGCAGGUGGCUGGUUUCACGAAGUACUUGUAACGAUACAUGGACGAAUGAUCAUAUAAUGGCCUGCGUUUCUGAUCAUCAUGCAUCAGUGUAUGAAUGAAUCAUGUUCAUGUUUUACACACAUUACAGAUUUCAUUCUGACUCUUUGUAUAUUUUCUUGCUUGUAAUAAUAAAAACAGUUUAAAUCUU